ACUUCAAAAAGAUUCGUCUAAAAGGAUAAGGCUCCACUUUAAAAGGGACAAUAUUGUAGCAUUCCCCAACACUGAAAAUUCUGCUAAUAACAAAAAAGGUUCCAUAUAGAGUUGUCUGAAUCCGAGAGGGAAUAUGGAGAAGAUAGAGCAUACCACGGUGACCACCAACGGCAUAAACAUGCACGUUGCGUCGCUUGGUUCCGGCCCGGUUAUUCUUUUCUUGCACGGCUUUCCGGAGCUUUGGUAUUCAUGGCGCCAUCAGCUCCUUUCACUGUCAUCACUCGGGUACCGAUGCGUUGCUCCCGAUCUUCGCGGCUACGGUGACACGGAUGCUCCCACUUCUGCUGCUUCGUACACCGUUUUCCACGUUGUGGGGGAUCUUGUGGGCCUCCUUGACACGCUCGGUGUCGAGAGUGUGUAUUUGGUGGGACACGAUUGGGGCGCGUUGAUUGCUUGGUCUUUUUGUCAGUUCAGGCCUGAUAGAGUCAAGGCUUUGGUGAACCUGAGCGUGGCGUAUCGGCCUAGGAACCCUAUGGUCAAGCCCGUGGAAGGGCUCAGGGCUCUGUUCGGCGAGGAUUACUAUGUUUGCAGGUUCCAGGAACCUGGAGAGAUGGAAGACGACUUUGCUCAAUUGGGCACUGAAAAACUUUUCAAGUUGUUUGUCACAUCACUCGAUCCGCGUCCGUUUCGUAUACCUAAAGAGACAGGGUUGAGAGGGAUGCCUGAUCCGCCACCCUUGCCUUCCUGGAUUUCAGAACAAGACAUAGAUUACUUUGCUAACACAUUCAACCGAACCGGAUUUACCGGCGGACUGAACUAUUAUCGAGCUAUGAACCGGAACUGGGAACUCACAGCACCUUGGAACGGAUCAGAGAUCAAGGUACCGGUUAAAUUUAUAGUCGGAGACCUGGAUAUUACCUACCACAUCCCUGGCGUCAAGGAAUACAUACAUGAGGGUGGAUUCAAAAGGGACGUGCCGUUCUUGCAGGAAGUAGUCAUCAUGGAAGGAGUAGGCCACUUUAUCAAUCAAGAAAAACCAGAGGAGAUUAGCAUUCACAUUUAUGAAUUCAUUAAGAAAUUCUGAUUGUUAGCUCUUUAU